UCGGCAACCCGCGGCUCUAGAGCCGCAUGCGGCUCUUUAGCGCCGCCCUAGUGGCUCUCUGAAGCUUUUUCAAAAAUGUAUGAAAAACGGAAAAAGAUGAGGGGGAAAAAAAUACAUUUUUUGUUUUAAUAUGGUUUCUGUAGGAGGACAAACAUGACAUAAACCUCCCUAAUUGUUAUAAAGCACACUGUUUAUAUUAAACAUGCUUCACUGAUUCGAGUAUUUGGCGAGCGCCGUUUUGUCCUACUAAUUUUGGCGGUCCUUGAACUCACCUUAGUUUGUGUCCAUGUAUAACUUUCUCCGACUUUCUAGGACGUGUUUUAUGCCACUUCUUUUUCUGUCUCAUUUUGUCCACCACACUUUUAACGUGAGUGAAUGCACAAAGCCUCAUCCUGCCCGUUGCCAUGGUUAAGUUGAAGGUGGUGAGCGGUUUAUUGGCCGUGGUCGUCUACAUGGUUCUAUCAGAGCUGGCGUUCUUGGAUUACAUCCAGAAGAUGUUUCACUCUCCCAAGAACUACGGCGUAGAGAUUUCAAGACAAAACUACAUGUAUGAACACUACGUGGACACUCACCUGACCAAAGGUCAAAACAAAAGUCAAAACAAAGAGGUGCUUCCUUUGUGUCCCAACACCUCACCUCUUUUAAGGGGGCCAAUCAACUUGACCUUCCCAUCAGAACUCACCCUCGCCAAUGUGCAGCAGAAGUACCCACAGGUGGAACUCGGUGGACGUUACCGCCCGCUUGACUGCGAGGCGAGGCACCACACGGCCAUCAUCAUCCCACACAGGGACCGCGAGCACCACCUAAAGUUCUUGCUUUACUACCUGCAUCCUUUCCUGCAGCGGCAGCAGCUUGAUUACAGCAUCUACGUCAUUCACCAGGCUGGGAACUACACAUUUAACAAGGCCAGGCUGAUGAAUGCCGGCGUCCGGGAGGCCUUGCAAGAGAAGGAAUGGGAGUGUCUCUUUUUCCACGACGUGGACCUCAUUCCCACAGAUGACCGCAACAUAUAUGUGUGCGGAUCCCACCCCAAACACGCCGCCACCGCCAUCAACAAGUUUGGCUUCAAGCUUCCGUACGAUACAUACUUCGGAGGAGUGACUGCUUUCACACCUGACCAAUACCGCACAAUUAACGGUUUUCCCAAUAACUACUGGGGCUGGGGUUGCGAGGAUGAUGACAUCGGGCUCAGAGUGUAUUUGGCAAAAAUGCGUGUCCUACGUCCGUCCCUGGAGGUGGGACGCUACGAUAUGAUUAAACACGGUCACGACAAAGGCAACACUGUCAACCGGCUGAGAUCCAAAUAUCUGGUCAAUGCACUUGAGAAUUGGAAGAGGGACGGCUUGAACGAAGACAUGUAUGAGGUCAUCUCCUGGGAACGCCUACCCCUCUACACCAACAUCACGGUCAACGUCGGGACACCAGCCGGCCUGCAUCCGCCUCCAUAAAUGGCGCCAGCCCCGGCCUGUCAUGUCAGAGGCAACCCGUGCUGCCAGACCUGGGAAAUCAUAACAAGGGCUAAUUAAGGCAUAUUGUAAAUAU